AUGCAAUGCCCAGCUCUAUUCGUGGGCCUAUUCCGCCCCACGCUCAUACGCGUUGCCAAGAGGAUGUUGAGUGCAGCUCUGCAAGGCAUUGAACACGGCCAGCUAAAGAUCACUUAUCCUGCUCCCGGCUCGGAGCAGAGUCCCGGUCGAGACGACGUUACAUUUGGCUCCGGCACUCCUCUAGCCACUGUGCAUGUGAAGGACGACUGGUUUUGGGUCCGCGUCUUGGCCUCUGGUAGUGUGGGAUUCGCAGAAGCAUACGUCAAUGGUGAAAUUGACAUACCAGAUCUACUGGCCAUUUUCAAGUUGGCCUUGCUCAACCGCCGCCUGCUUACGAGACUGGACAAGCGGUCGCCUUUCUUGACAAAGCUAUACUCGCUCUUGGCGACGACAAACGGCAUCGAGGAGGCUAGACGCAAUGCCGCUGCCCACUACGAUCUUUCCAACGACAUGUUCGCCGCCUUUCUCAGCCCCGACAUGACCUACUCUUGCCCGCUAUGGCUCCCGCCUCACGAUCCGGACUACGCCAACGACGACCUCGAGAAGGCACAGAGGCGAAAGCUCUCGUAUCAUAUCAAGGCCGCCCGAAUCAAAGCCUCGGACCACGUGCUCGAGAUAGGCACCGGCUGGGGCAGCUUCGCGAUCCAGGCGGUGCAGGAAACGGGUUGCACCGUGACCACAAUCACCCUAUCCAAAGAGCAGAAGGCAUUGGCUAAGAAGAGAAUAGAUGCUGCGGGUCUAUCCAGCAAGAUCAAAGUACUACUCUGUGAUUACCGAGAGAUUCCCAAGUUGGGUAUCCGCUUCGACAAGGUCGUGUCCAUAGAGAUGCUCGAGCAUACGGGGAUCGAACACCUCCGUGAAUAUUUCGGCGUGAUCAAGGAAGUGUUGCCGGGUGAGGACGCCAUAGCGACGGUGCAGGCGACGAUGAUGUCGGAGACUGUGAGCAUAGAAAACGUGCCCGUCCUGGACAGGGCAGCGCUGACCCAGGGCCCGUUGGGAACCUGCAGCAUUUGUCGGAUAGCGAAGGAACAGAUAGUUUCGUCGCCAAACACGUCAGCAGCAUCCCUCCCCCCAGGAAUCCAAGUCGAGACUUAUCGUCCGUGGCUGAGCCGCGUGCAGAUCUUUCCCGGCGCGUACCCGCCCUCUCUGCUGCAGACCCUCCAGGCCAUCGACAAGGGCUCAGGCGACCACUUCAUCGUCGACAGGGUCGAGACCUUUGGCGGCUUGGGUCGCGCGUUCCAGGAAUGGGGCGAAGCGUUUGGCCGAGAGUUUGACUCUCGCAUCCGCCCCGCGCUGGUGGCCGGAAGACGGCAGCUCUGCGACGUGGAGGUGGAAGAGUUCAGAAGAAAGUGGCAGGCAAGCUGCCCCCUGUUCUACUUUGCAUACUGCCAGGCUGCGUUUGAAGCGCAGACUGUCCGGACGGUGACGAUCAGGCUUGUCCGCACGGGGGCUCGAAUAUUGGCGCAGGACUACUAUGAGUGA